AUGAGUUACGGAUACGGUGGUAGGGCCAACCCCUACGCCCAACAAGACUCUCCCGCCGGCCAAUACGGCUCUUCAGGAGUGGCAUCGCCCCCUCAGGCUAGCUUUGGUCAGUCUCCCCGCCCCGGCGGCGGAGGCUACAACCAGUACGACAAUGGUGCCUACGAUGGGGCCUACGGAAAUAAUGUUGAGAUGGCACCUCUCUCGCAAAACGGGGCAAGCUUUGCCGCCAGCGACCCCAACGCCAUCCUGAACGAGUGCCGAGAGAUAGGACAGGGCAUUGACGCCAUCGACGGCAACCUGAACCAGUUGCGCAUGCUUCAAGAUCGAUCCCUCAACGAGACCGAUUCCAGCAGCUCAGGCACCUCUCGCGAGCUCGACAACCUGUCCGCCGACACAAUGUCCAUGUACCGGGAGCUCACCGACCGCGUCCGCAAGAUGAAGUCUUCACCAGACGCCAAGACCCCCAAGAACGCACCCCAGGUCGGCCGCAUCGACCGUCGUUUGAAAGAGGCCAUCCAACAAUACCAACAGGUCGAGGCCGCUUUUCGGAAGAAGAUGCAGUCUCAGAUGGAGCGGCAGUACCGCAUCGUGCGACCAGACGCCGACGAAGGCGAGGUCCGCGCUGCCGUGGAGGAUAUGUCUGCCGGUGGACAACAGGUUUUCCAGCAGGCUAUGAUGCAAAGCAACCGACAGGGUCAGGCACGAGCUGUCCUGAACGCCGUACAGGAUCGUCACCGGGAACUACAGAAGAUUGAGCAGCAGAUGAUCGAGCUGGCUCAGCUCUUCCAAGACAUGGAUACCUUGAUCAUCCAGCAGGAAGAGGCCGUUGUUCAGAUAGAACAAAAGGGCGAGGAAGUUGUCGAGAAUCUUGACAAGGGUAACCAGGAGAUCGAGGUCGCUGUCGAAACAGCAAGGAAGACACGAAGGAAGAAGUGGUACUGUGUUGGUAUCAGCGUUCUCAUUGUUGUCGUUAUUGUGAUCAUCGUAGUGGUCUACAUGGCGGUCACAGGGAAAUUCAACAGCAGCAGCAACAACAACAACACCAACACCAACGCCAAGCGCAGCGCAGUUGAAUUUGAGGGCGAGCGACCUGUCACCAACAUCUACGCGCAGUCCAAGAUUGUGAAUGUGGGGCAGGACUACGACGAGAACUCGGCUCCGCUGGAGAGAUUUUCCGGUGUGACUAGCGGCAAGAGCCUCGCUGGUCGGAUAGUGAUGUCAAACAACUGGAAGACUGGUUCAGCCGAACGACGGCGGUGGGACAUGACGCUCCCUGUACCAGUCGACAGCAUCGACGUCAAGCGUGGCGAUUACAACGAGGUCGAUUAA